AUGGAAACAACACUAGUGUUCUUUCUUUACUAUUUGUCCAUAGCAAUGUGUUGCUGCUGUGGCAACCUAGUGAGCGCUAUUGAAUCACCAAAGUACACAGUGAUAUUGUCUGAAUCAGAUUUUCAGAUCAGACUCUACAAUGAAUCCUCAUGGAUGUCAGCUCCUGUUUCAGGAACUUCCUUCGAAAAGUCCACCAAAAGUGGAUUUCACAGGUUGUAUCAAUAUAUGCAUGGAGCCAAUUUGAAUUCUUCAAAACUUGCAUUUACUUCUCCGGUCAUAACGAGCAUCCCCUCAUCACCCUCUGGGGAUGGCUACAGUGUAAGAUUGUAUGUAUCUGCUUACUUUCAGGGGAAACCUCCGCAGCCCAAUCCUGAACUGAAGUUGCAGGUAGAGAAAUGGAACACUCAAUGCAUAGCAGUUUGGAAAUUCAGUGGGUUUGCUAAGGAUGGUAACAUUAACAAAGAAAUUGAAGCUUUUUUAAGCACCCUAAACAAGCACUUAAAUGGAAGUUCAGCAAGGAUACAAGAUACGAGUUCCUAUACUAUUGCUCAGUACAAUGCUUCCUCUCGUGAAACUGAGCGCUUAAAUGAAGUGUGGAUAAAAGUGUCGGGGCUUAGGACUGAUUGCUGA